AUGGUGUAUCCCAUCCACUACCGCCGCCCGGCCCACGUCUCUCGCCCCGACUCGUCGCGCGGCUCGCUCUCCGGCACCGACAAGCAAAAGUCCAUCGACGAGUCCGUCAGGUCUGGCUCCAGUGGCAUGUCCCACGGCAUCCCCGACGCCCUCUCCUUUGACCGCAUCAUCUCCGGCGGCACCUGCCCGCCAUGCACCACCCGCGACUUCAUGAACUACCUCAAGUAUAUUGAGCUCUCGGCCGAGAAUCUGCAGUUCUUCCUCUGGUUCCGCAGCUACACCAAGCGCUUCCAUGAGCUGCCCGAAAACGAGAAGGCUCUGUCGCCCGAGUGGUUCCAAGACAGCGAGACGGAGACGCCUGCCCGCCCCAAGCGUGUUAGCCCGGAGACGGCUGCCGUGUUCAAGGGGACUGACUUCGCAACCGAGUCCAGCGCAACCGAAGCUGAGAAGAGCAACCCAUUCUUCACUCCGCCGCGGACUCCGAACAGCGACCUGAAGCGCGAUGGCGGCGAGUCGCUUGAUUCCUAUGAUGCCAGCAUGACAUCGGGAACCAGGACUGACCACGCUCAACGUGCGACAGGUGCGUUUGAGAGUGCGGGCCUCAAGUGGAAGCCCCUCUCUGUUCAGCCGUACCGCGAGGAGAUCACCCGCAUCAUAUCCAUCUAUGUCGCUGAUGGAGGCAAUCGCCAGCUGAACCUUUCCUCAAAGGAGCGCACCAGCCUGCUUCAUGCCCUUCAGAACACGACCCACCCGUCCGCUUUCCGCGACGUCAUCUCUACGGUCGAGUGGUCGCUUCGAUGCCAGGCUCAUCCCAACUUCAUCCGAUGGACCAUCUGCAACGGCAAUCGUCCUCGCGUCAUCUUUGCACGCGGUCUCGGUCUCGGUGGUAUCGUUGGAGGUUUCAUUGCCGCUCUGCUCAUCACCCUCAGCAGCGCUGGUCGCGCCUGGCGCGUCCUAUCUCUGAUCGGCUUCAUGGUCGGCAUCUCCACUUUGAUCGCUGCUUGGAAGGGAAUGUGCGUCGUCCUGCAUGGUAUGCAUCAUCGUCACCUACGUCCGUGGGAGCUAUUCGCCUCCGAUGACGAGCCGGCUGCCAGCAUUGAUCUCAAGGGCGAUUCUUUCGACAGCUUAACAUCGCACGCUUCCAGCAACAGCUACGAGGACGAGCCGUGGGUAGCCAAAUAUGAGAAGCGCAACGUCGUCCGCAAGGUCUUUGACCGAGAGGUCUGGAUCCAGGAGCCCGCCCUGCGCCAGAUCCAAGAUACCAUCUUCCUGCAAGCGAUUCUCGGCGCCACCAUCAUCUCCUUCAUCAUCGUCGGCAUUUUCUGUGCUGUUCCACAUGGCAACUUCUACUGA